UCUUAUUGUUUUUCUCAAUUUUCGGAUUGUUGGUUGCAUUUGUUCUCUGUACUUAUUGAGUCCACAAAUGACUUUAUUUACUGUUGGAAUUGUCCCAAUUGUUGUUGUAACUGGAUCUUUAUUUGGUAGAAUUCUUAGAAAAUUAAGUGCUCGAGCACAAUCACAGAAUGGAAUUGUUGCUGGAGUCGCAUCGGAAGCGUUCCAAAAUAUUAGAACAGUUAAAGUAUUUGCAAUGGAGGAAGCUGAACAGAGUCUCUAUGAACGGGAAGUUGAAAAAACAAAGUCACUUUAUGGUCAACUUGGACUAGGAAUUGGGUUAUUUCAAGCUGCUAGCAAUUUAUUUCUUAAUGGUUUAAUACUUGGUGUUUUAUAUGGAGGAGGGCAAUUAGUAAUUUCUAAUGUUCUUUCGCCUGGUGAUUUAAUGGCAUUUUUAGCUACUGCACAAACUAUUCAACGUUCUCUUGCUCAACUUUCUUUUGUUUUUGGUAGUGGAAUAAAGGUUUGGUCUUCGUGUGGAAGAAUUAUGGAAAUUUUGCGUCUAGAUCCUAAAUAUGGCAAAAGUGGAACAUUUGUUAUUCCUGCACACAGUCUUGUUGGAAAUAUUGAACUUUCUAAUAUUUACUUUUCUUACCCAACGCGUCCUGGUCAUGAAGUACUUAGAGGUCUGAAUAUGAAUAUUGGAAAUGGACAAACAAUUGCAAUUUGCGGAUCAUCUGGCGCAGGAAAGAGUACAGUUGCCGCAUUAAUUGAACGUAUUUAUGAACCAGUUGCUGGCCGAAUAAAACUUGAUGGUAUUGAAUUAAAUAAAUUAGAUUCAAAAUGGUUAAGAAGAAAUGUCAUUGGCGUUAUUUCACAAGAACCUGUUCUUUUUUCUACUUCGAUUAAAGAAAAUAUUCGUUAUGGGAAAAUUGAUGCAACAGAAGACGAGAUUAAACAUGCAGCCGAUUUAGCAAAUGCUAGUCAAUUUAUUGAACAAUUUCCUGAGGGUUAUGAUACAAUUGUUGGCGAACGAGGCGUUACUUUAAGUGGAGGACAGAAGCAGAGAAUUGCUAUUGCUAGAGCUCUCCUUAAAAAUACACCAAUUCUUAUAUUAGAUGAAGCAACUUCUGCUUUGGAUACUGAAAGUGAACGUUUAAUUCAUCAAGCUUUGAACCGAGCACUAAAAGGUCGGACAGUCAUCGUCAUUGCCCAUCGGUUAAGCACAAUUCGCAAUGCUGAUUCUAUUUAUGUGUUAGAAGGUGGUCAAGUUGUUGAGAAAGGAACACAUCAACAGUUGAUCAAAAAUACAAAUGGAAAAUAUUAUGGUUUAGUUAAGGAACAAGAACAUUUUCAGAACAAUGACAAGGAACGAAUUAUAGGUGGAUGA